AUUGGGUUAAAUACUUAAAAUCUUAAGUCUAUGCGGUGGCACACUUGAUAAUGGAAUACUGUAAUCUUUGAAAGGCCAAAAGGUUUUAUGCUUUUGAAUAUACGUACGAAACAUUAACUCUUACGGUUAAAAAAGAAAGUGAGUAAACGAAUCCUAUUUUCCUGUCAUUUUCCUGUGGAAAUUUAUUAGCUCCUGGAAGAAAAUGUGGCGUAGUUUAGCCAUUUUUAUUGACUUAGAACUUCUGGAGAUGGAGAAAAAGUAAACUUGUUCAUAUAUACCAUCUAAUUAAACCGAAUUAAAAACUGAAACAAGCAGGAAAUUUUAUACCACUCCUAGAAUUCCCAUGUUUAUUUAGUAAAUAGUAUCAAUUUAACAAUUUAGUAAGUAGUAUCAAUUUAACACAAUGGGUAAUGUACAAUACUUGAAUAACAGUUUUCUCGUUGGAUAAAAAUAUUUAAGAGUUAAAUUUAUAUAGUCAAUGAUAGAGCAGUGUUAAAGAUAAGGACAAUGCUGUAUUUUCUCCAGAUGAUAAAUUACUAGAUAAGUAUAUACCUGGAACGGUGAUUAUGAGCAGAGAUCAGAUUGAAUAGCCUUUUGGUUCCUAUUCCUUGUGUUCAUCCAUAGAGGUAAGGCUUAUGUUUUAUGUAUAGCUAAGUCGAAAGCCUGUCUGGUUUUUAAGAGAAAAAAUCGUGGGUUUCUCCCUUUGGAGCUCGCAGAACAUGGAGCGGUUGGCUGACAGGUUUAUGGAAACUCCAUCUAAAAAAUCAAAUUGGAAAACUCCAUGGAAACAUUUAUUUCAAUCUAAACCUCUCAGCUUAACCCAAUUUCCCUCUUCUUCAGAUGCAUCUUCCUCCUUCAAAUCCAGAGAAGAUGUUUCGAGGACGGGUCAUAACGAAAAGUUGAAAAAGAAAAGCAGCAAUUUCGCAUCCAGGAUCAUUGACCACGUUAACAUGGGGUCCAAGUUGUCUGAAACAGUGAAGGGAAAGCUGAGUUUAGGGGCAAGAAUAAUUCAAGAAGGAGGAAGGGAUAAUGUUUUCAAACAAAUAUUUGCCUUGAGAGAAGGAGAGGAGCUGCUAAAGGCUUCCCAAUGCUAUCUAUCAACAACAAGCGGUCCUAUUGCAGGACUCUUGUUUAUCUCUACUGAAAAGGUUGCCUUCUGCAGUGAAAGAUCAAUCAAUGUUACUUCUCCUGCCGGACAAUUGAUUGGAACAAUACCUUACAAGGUUUUGAUACCAAUAAGGAAGAUGAAAAGAGCUAACCAGAGUUGGAACGUGAACAAUCCAGCACAAAAGUACAUAGAAAUAGUGACAUGGGAUGGUUUUGAGUUCUGGUUCAUGGGUUUUUUAAGGUAUGAGAAAGCCUUUAAUAACAUUCAAAAAGCCCUUUCUUUGGCCAGCUAAGUUCAGAUUAUUAAAAAGGGCUUUCAUUCCUACUUGAAGAUCGAAAAAUCUCCAAUUUUCCUUGGGAAAAUUAACAGGUUAGGGAAAUUAAGCUAAGGAGAAGUUUCUGAUUAUGCGAGUAUACACAUUUGUAUUCACAUUCUAUCACAGAAUAGUAAAGAAGAGUUUUCCUUUCUUUUUGUGCCGUCCAAUGUUGACUGUGGAUGAUUUAAGAAAAUUUUAGAAGAAAAGUUUGGACCGGCUCCAUGUGCCCAAGAAUGUGCCUAGGCACUGUCCAACACACAAUAUACCAUCCGCCCAUGUAUUAUUUUUUUUUUUAAUUAAGAUU